AUGCUCAUUACCAUUCUCGCGCCUCACCCUGAAAGCUGCCGACCCCCUCAUAUAGAGGACUUCCGUCUCCCUUUAUAUACAUACCUAUUUAGAACUGGGCGUGCUCAGACAAGCUACCAUUUUGCAGAGCUUCGAAAUUUAUCGCGAAAGAGCGUUGGAACCCGGUACCGGCAGCCGGAGCCCUAUGGCUUAGCAUAUUGGUGCCAUUCUACUUUUACAUCUAGUGCCACUGAGCACGUGGCCGCCACUAGACUUUAUGCCGGCAUCAACUUUCGGCCUGCUGUAAACCCGCCUUUAAGGUACGUAUAUAAAUACAACGAUUGGCGACGACAUACCGAAGAAGCCGUCAAGAAAGGAGGACAAAAAAUACUAUUUUUUGUGAAUUGGGGUUAUAUUAUCAUUAUUAUCAGGCUCUUGGUCUGUGUAACAGUGCGAUUCGUAAAAGCAGAAGAGGGAUUCUUUGUCGGCCGGCUUCGGUUUGCGUGUUUUACUGUACCUUGA